AGGCUCCGGACGCGCAGGCUCAGCGGCCAUGGCUCACGGGCCUAGCCACUCCGCGGCAUGUGGGAUCUUCCCGGACCGGGGCACGGACCCGCAUCCCCUGCAUCGGCAGGCAGACUCUCAACCACUGCGCCACCAGGGAAGCCCCUAUGCCUGUUUUAUCUUCUCUCAUUUAAGGGAAAAGCUUGGGUUGUUAUAAGGCUUCACAAAGAAUUUGAGUUGAUAAGCAGGCCUUCCCAGGUAGGGGCCUUCAAUGUAAAGCCAGAGUUUCCCACAGAGACAGAUCUGUGGACAAGAGAAUGAAACCACACAGCCACAAAACGUGCAGCCUUGCUAAUGCCUGGGGAUACACCCGGUAGUGCGGGCUGUCUUGGCCAGCUAGUGAUGUCAUCCAGAAGCAGUUUUGGUUGGUUCAGAGAAACAUGAUUAUAACAAUACAUGUUUGUUACACUUUAUGUCAGAGGCAUCUACUCCAACCCUGUCCUACAGAUUUGAAAAUGGCCCAGGAAGAAAAAGAUUUCCCUAGAGACAAAAGCACAGCAGAGCCUAGUGGGCUUGGGGACCCCGAAAGGGUCUACAACAGGGAGGUGGUUUACCUCAGAGAUGUAGGAAGAGGUUUACUGUAUUUUUCUCAAAAACACAUAUUUGUGAAAGAUUUUCUAUGUGUAUAUGAUACUGGGGCAGAUCUUUGAAGUCCCAGGAGGAGGGAACUAGGGGAAGGGGAGAGACGUACAAUAGAAAAUGUACCACAUGGCGUGAGCAGCAGGUGCAAAGGCCCUGGGGUGGAAGAGGCUCCUUGGAGCACAGAGAGCAAGAGGAAGGGAUGAGAGGUGAGGCCAAAGAAGUGGAUCGGGACAGGCUAUACAGGGCUUUGGGGGCCACAAAGGCGGGUUCCUCAGCAGUCAGGACAGUAAAGGUGGGGAGGCCUAAGACAGCAGCCAGUGCCGUCUCAUCCUUGCUUCAAAAAUGAGCAGCUUCAGGAGAGUCUGGCUGUUCAUGGUCACACCUCCCGUUCCUGCCUUUACCCUGUCUCCGGCUCGUCCUUCCUUCAGGCCCUUGACCGCACCUGAGCCCCUUCCCCCAUCUCGGGGAAUCCUCGAUGCUGCUACCCACCCCACAAUCUCAUUAGUGUGGUGUCAAGACACAGUCCUAAUCAGAUUACCCAGCUGCAGGAUAAAUGCCCAGCCAGCACCCUGCCUAAGGGAGGCCUGCCACUCACACCCAUGGUCCCCUGAGACCUGCCCCGGUACUUGGUUUUCCUCUGCUCUGGUGGGUUGAGACCUGAGAGGUGGGUCGGAAGCAGGAGGGCCCACAGUGUGAGGGAGUCCAGAAGCCGAAGGUCACCGCGGGGUCUCUGCCAGCCUGGCCAUGAACCUGGAGCUGCCCAAGGCCGAGAUCCGGUCGGCCACCAGGGUGAUUGGGGGGCCCGUCACUCCCAGGAAAGGGCCCCCCAAAUUUAAGCAGCGGCAAACCAGGCAGUUCAAGAGCAAGCCCCCCAAGAAAGGCGUCCAAGGGUUUGGUGACGACAUCCCCGGAAUGGAAGGCCUGGGAACAGACAUCACUGUCAUCUGCCCAUGGGAGGCCUUCAACCACCUGGAGCUGCAUGAGCUGGCCCAGUACGGCAUCAUCUAGCACUGGACCCCGGCCCUUGGCCCCUCCAUGCCGCUGCCCUCUCUGGCCCCUGCUCAGGAUUCCUGUGAGCAGGGCCGCCCCCACGCCGGACGGUUCCAGAGUGUCCAGAGAUUGUGUCUGGAGAUCCCCGCAGGCGGCGACCUCAGGCCCACAGAAGCUAGUUGCCAGGAGCCCACCAACUCCCUGCAGGAUACCCUCUCCGGCCAGCCAGGCCUGGCUUAACUUCUGGAGACACUGCUCCACAGACCCUCUCCUCCCAUGGCUGGAAAGCUAGGGAAGGCCUCCCAGGAGUGUCCCCUGUCCUGCCUGUCUGGGGGUGAGGACAAGCUUCCCCCACUAGCCCUUCCCAGCUGAGGCCCUUGCACUGGCGGAGUGAGUGGCGGGAGUCCUGCGGGCGUCAGUGAAAGAGCAAGGCCCCUCUGGAUCUGUCACACCAGCAGGAUGCUUGUCCUUUCCAACAUGGCCCA